GUCCACACAGCUCUCCGAACUGUGGCGAAAAGACGUUUCCGCCCACAAGAAAGAUGGCGGCCCCCUUGCUGGAGCAACUGUCGGAGUCUUUAGGUUCCCCGGAACCAGCGAUUCGACUCAUUUUAUCUAUUUUAAUCGGGUAUCCCUUUGCUGUGGUGUACCGGUCGUUCUUGUUCAACCAGACUCCCACAGUUAUCCAUUUAUUCCACACGUUCUCUGGAUUGGCUCUAGCAGCAUUCAACUUUGGCUCUCAGCUCUAUCACUCCGUAGUAUGCGUCCUUGUCCAAUUUCUGAUGCUGAGGCUCAUGGGAAGGACGGUAACAGCCAUCCUGUGCAGCUUUACCUUUCAAAUGUUAUACCUACUAGCGGGGUAUUAUUACACAGCCACAGAGGAGUAUGACAUCAAGUGGACUAUGCCACACUGUGUCCUCACACUUAAACUUAUCGGUUUGGCGUUUGAUUACUAUGAUGGCGGGAAGGAACCAUCCAAGCUGAGCGCAGAGCAGAAGGAGUCAGCUCUGCGGUCCGUGCCCUCGCUGCUCGAGGUGUGCGGCUUCUCCUACUUCUAUGGCGGUUUCCUUGUGGGUCCCCAGUUUACACUGCGCAGCUACCAAAGACUUGUGGCGAGGGAGCUCACCGACUGCCCUGGAAAAGUUCCCAACAGUGUUGUACCAGCUAUGAAGAGGUUUGCUCUUGGUUUCCUCUGCCUGGUGAUAUAUGCGAUAUUUAGUCCUCAUUAUCCAGACAGCUACUAUUUAACAGAUGAGUAUGAGGCGCAGCCAUUCUGGUAUCGCUGUGUGUUCAUUCUCCUGUGGGGCAAAAUCAUUUUGUAUAAAUAUGUCAGCUGUUGGGUUAUAGCGGAAGGUGUAUGCAUAUUAACUGGACUGGGAUACAAUGGAGUAGUGGAUGGUAAGCACCAGUGGAACGCGUGCGCCAAUAUGAAGGUGUGGCUCUUUGAGACGACGCCACUCUUUGGAGGAACCAUUUCUUCUUUCAACAUCAACACAAACGCCUGGGCUGCCAGACAUGUGUUCAAGCGGUUGAAGUUCCUGGGCAAUAAGACUUUAUCUCAUGUGGCCACGCUCUUCUUUUUAUCGAUUUGGCACGGCCUUCACUCCGGGUACAUCCUGUGCUUCUCCAUGGAGUUCUUCAUCAUCACCGUGGAGCGACAGGCCCAGGCACUAGUAAGGGACAGUCCUGUGCUGACAAAGCUGGCCAACAGUGCACUCUACCCACUCAUCUAUGUAGUCCAGCAGUUUAUCCACUGGCUCUUCAUGGGGUAUCCUCUAGUGGCAUUCUCCAUCUUCAGUUAUGACAAAUGGCUCAAGGUGUAUUCUUCUGUUUAUUUCUGUGGUCACCUAUUCUUCCUAGUAGCAUAUUUAAUAAUGCCAUACCUCCGUAAGGCGCUGGUGCCUAAAAACGAGGGGAGAGAGAAGAAGCAGGAAUAAGACUUGAUACUAAAACUUGGCGUGGUCCAUCCAUCGUUGAGACUGAAUACUCACUUAAGGGAACUGCGACUUCCAAGGAGCAGAACGGAAAAUAUUUUAAGGCCUUUUAGUAAUAUAUGUCCAUGUUUGAAAAGAAAAAAAUAAAUAAAUUUCUAUAUA